AAGAUCCACGCUUCACUACCCCGCCGCCUUAUUAUGGUAACCUUUAUGACGCAGAGACCCCACCAUCUGCGCAGCCUCGCUCUCCUCUCUCUCCCUGACUCUCAAAAGACUACACAGUCAUGGGACUCCCGCAAUGGCCCUAGGCCUCAAAUUGAGGAAUCACAGCCUACGCAGUCUUGGGAUUCGCGUGACCUUCCCCCAGACUCUCUUGAGAUACCGUCUCCUCCUCUCUUCGUCCCAGACUCUCAAGCAGACUCCUCUCAAGAGCUCUCUUAAGAGACUAAUCGCCACUAUCUGUGCCCCUGAGACUUCACGUGAUAAGGGGCUCCAGAUGCAAACAGCUCUCCUUUUCCGGGGAAUGUGUAGAAACGACACCCCCCGGGUGUCGAUUGGGAGCAAACCAGCUACUAACCCAAAGUAGAGGCGCUCGGACAGGAACACCAAAACUCUGGGG